AGUUAUCGCUUCCAGUUACCGAACUGUCAAACAAAUGCAUGCUUCCGAGUUUUAUUUACAUUCUCUUCGAAUUCGUUCAUUGUGAUUAUGGGAGUGAAUAUCAUAAAAAUUUUGCGUGUUCAUGAAUGAAAUGUAGUGAAUCCUCAUCAACUACGUUAUUUUCUGAAGUUGUUAUGACAAAAUUCUUCCACUGGUUAAUUUAUUUUUGUGUACGGCAAUCGAGUAAGGCAGUUUGAUUAAUUCAUGGUUAACUUCGAUUAACAUCAAGUGUUGAAAAUUACUUUCCUUGUGUCCCAGAAAAUAGCAUUUUAAUAACUGUAAGCAAUAAACCUAUAAACUGAAAUUUUCGAAUAAAAUUAAUACAUGCAUUAAACUCGUGAAGUAAUUACCUAUUCUUUUUUUUGUAUGAUUAGUGGAUAUUUAUGUGGAUGCUGAAGAUAGUACUGCACACAUGGAUGUAUGCCACUGUGACUGAAAGAAUGACAGUUUUGUUCUUUAGUCUUAUGGAAUGUCCAAAAAUUUUAAUAAAUCAUUCAGAAGGAUAGUUGGCGUGCAGAAACUUCGACGUUGAUAAAACGCGAUGACCAAAACAUAGUGCGAGUACAUCCGAAAAUGUCCGAAGGCUUCUCGAAUAAUCAUAGUGCAAAAUAUUCUGAUGGGAAUGCCGCCAAUUAUUACCAACAUAUAGAUACUAUUUCCGAAAGUACAGAAAAACUCGAUCAUCCGUACGACCAUAUAUAUGCAACUAAUGAAAAUUCCAAUAUCGAAAUUCAUAAACAGAAAUUGAACUGUCAAACUGCCGAAAGUGAGGUUAGGUUUUUAAAACAGUGGUUGCUACUCCAUUUAGAUUUGAUCCAACACCAAAAUGAAGAAAUUCUAACUAAAGAAAGAACAAUACUCAUACUCCAACAAGAGAAUGAGAUGCUUAAAGAACGGUUGAAUUGUAUGGAACAAAGUGUUUCACUGGAGGAUAAUAAACAAGAAGGGGUUCAUUCUGAAGAAAUACAGUUUAAGGAGAUAAAACUCGUUGAGGAUAUGACCCAAGGCUUGGGUUCAUGUAAUGAUAUCAAAGAUGCAACUCUACUCGAAGUGAAUUGUAAUAAUGUGGACAGUACUUCGUUAGAUUCUGAAGCGCGACAAGGACAAAGAAACGAAAAUAGUGUAACUGAAACUCAAACUUUCGAAGUCAUCAGUAAUUCUCUUGACUGUGUUAGUGGAUCAACUGAUCCCUGUGCGGAAUUAAACUUUGAUUCCGGCAUUGAUGCCAAUGUGAAAAUUGAGAGUGACACAUUGGACAAUUUGAAUUCUUGUGUCGUCUACAAUUUCUCAAGUGAACUGGAUUCUAUGAGACACUUAAGAAUGAGCAUAAGAAGGAAACGGGUAUGUAGCAAUUCUUCUGCAGCUUCUCAAAAUGGUUAUUGUAUCGAAGAGAAAAGAACACUUAAGAAACUCAAGAAAAGGAGAAAGAAAAGCAUCAAAGAUAAUCAGAUAAUAUAUACACCUGACUUUUAUGUGAACCAAAUAGGAGAUCCUGUUCCUGGAAUUCCCAUGUCUUAUGAAACCGAACCUGAAGGUGAAGUAGUUGACAAUGCCGUCUUGGAAGUACCUCGUUGGAGGGUAAAAGUGUAUGCUAGUUGUUAUACCAUGGAGGGUACUGAAAACUUGGACGAUGAAGUUUUUUUACGCAGACACAACCGAUUGGAGAUUGAUGAAAGACGCAGGAAAAGGUGGGAUGUACAAAGAAUCAGGGAGCAAAGAGUUAUUGAGAAGUUGAAGCAAAGACAUGAAAAAGCAGAGUAUCAAGCAAAAAUUGAGAUUUCCAACGUAACAAACACCCCUUUGUGGCCAUCUUUGGAUGAUAUAAAAAUAAUAGAAGUUUCUCAAGAAUUACCAAUAUCCAGUUUCGGAGUCCCAUUACCUAAAGUAACUGAAAAUUCUCAUUUUUGUAGUGACUUCAGUAUCACUUGGUUAGAUGGUUUAGAUUCCAAUUUGAGUAAGGACAAAGUACUUUUAAAGAGAGGAUCUAGAAGGAGAAAAUUAAAGAGAUAAAUGAUCUGUUGAAUGGACAAUGCGCUUCUUAAAAAUGUGAUCUUCAUUUACACUUCAGAAUAAUCCAGUGAAUAUUUAUCCAAAUCUAUUUUUUUUGCUAGACUUCUCCGUUUCUAUGAAUUGGUAAGAUGCUCUGAUGUAAAUUUGUUGCUGUAUAGUUUUCAAAUUAGUAUUGUGAUAUAAUUGUUAGUUUAUAUGAUUGUUUUACGCUUUAUUAAAAUAUUAUGUUGACUACAUAUCAUGAUUUUGGAAAAAUCCAAAUGAUUUUUAUUAGUUAAAUAUGUCAUUCAGCUUCUUUGUUCGGUUAAAUUGAUUUCAUCUGAUUAUAAUACUCGAGUUGUACAUCUUCCCUCUCGAAUAAUCACAAGAUAGAUUUCAAUUAGAAGUUCUGAGAUAAAUUGUGAUAAAUUCAAAUUAGAAAUGUGUAACUUAUGAUAUUAUGUUUGAUCUUGGAUUUAUGGCUAGAGAUUUAAAUUGAUAAUUAGUUACUUAUUUGAAUGAAAAACCAAUAAUUUGUUUUUUGUACAUCACAAAUUAUUUUUUCUUCAGUGUUUACCAAAUGAACUUGUUCCCUAGUCGUCAUAAUCAUGUUUUUUAGUAUUAGAUCCUUUAUUUUCUUAAUUUGGUAUUAAGUAUUUCCCAUUUCAUUCAUAAGUCUUUGUGUGAUUGAUUAUUCAUUGUAAUUCUUUCUCAAUAUGAAAAAUUAUCCUCAAAAAUGUAGGUUUAUCAAUUUUUUUCACAUUGAAAUUUCAUGAUCAAGACGAAGUAUUCGCGGCGUAAAAUUAUUGAAUUCUGAAAAAUUCAGUCAAUCCGGUCAAUUGUUCUUCUAUCACUCAUCUACCAAAACAACAGGAUCCAUCCAAAGGUAACCUUCCGUCGUGGGUUCAAGUCCCACCUGAAAAGUAAUUUUUUUCAGACAAACGUGUAUACGCCGCGAAUUCGUCAUUCAAAAUUUAUCAGAAGUAAACCUCUUUUUUCAUAAUCAUAUUCAAUUUGAUGAAGAAUUUGUUGAGAUUCAACCAAUUAUUCAACGGGAAAAACAAAUUUUUGACAUCAAAGAACUAUGAAUGGAUAUUAACAGUAGCUUUGUAAAUAUGAUUUGAAAUGUUGUAAUUAAGACGAAAGUGUACAGUUGCUGAAAAUCUAAUAAGCAUAGUUAGAAAAGUAGUAGGUAUAAAUCUCCAACCUUUAAUUGUACAUACUCUAGAAUUUAAUGGAGAAACAGAUUACUAAAAUGAGGUAUAAAUUUGUGGAUAUAAGAUUAAGUUUCAAAUUCCUUUUGAACUGAGAGUUUCAAAAAAACUCGAUUUAUUUUUAUGAAACUGCAUUUUAAGUAUUCUAUGUACAAUAUGAUGUGAAAAUUAAAUUUUUAAAGAAAGAA